AUGGUCUCCUUACAAGAGGACAGACAGGAGGAGGCUGUCUGCCCCAUCUGCCAAGAACACCUGAAGGAGGCUGUGAGCACGGACUGCAAACACCUCUUCUGUCGUGUGUGCCUGGCCCAGCACAUGGAGAAGGCCUUGGCCUCUGGGGCUCUCUGCUGUCCCCUCUGCCGGAAGCCCUAUUCUGAGGGGGUACUGGGGGAAGGCUACAUCUGCCACAAGCACCAGAAGAGGUUUCAGAGGUUCUGUGAGAAGAGCAAAUGUCUACUGUGCGUGGAAUGCCUGGAGUCCCCUGAACACCAGUCUCAUUCUGAGCCGACCAUUGAAAAUGCCAUCAGUCACUACAAGGAACGACUCACCCGCCGGUUCAGGAAGCUCAGAAAGGACAUUGGAGAACUUCAGCGGCUCAAGGCUCAGGAGGAGGAGAAGCUGCAGGCUCUGCAGGUGGACUGUGGAAACCACAAGUUGGAGGCUGAGCUGGUGAGUCAGCACCAAAACAAGGGACAACUGGAUAUUAUCCCUCAACAGCAGCUGGAYCAGCUGGAGGACACAUCAGCAGAGGAGGCCAGAAUCCUUGAGCUCUCCAAGGCAAUAGCACAGAUCAGCCUUCUGGUUGCUGAUCUGGAGAGUACGGCCAAGGAGUUGGAUGCCAAUACACUGACGACUGCCAGUGACUUACUGAAAAGGAGUACUCCAAAGAAUCUAGAUGAACUCCUCUCUCUGCUUGCUCCAGCUGGUCCAGUGGCCAAUUAA